AUGGAAAUUCAGUCAGAGCCUUCUUUUGAUGCUUAUGAAUAUGAAACUCUUUCAAAAAAUUCAUCUUUUUUUGCAAACAUGUUGGCAGGAGCUUUUGCAGGUGUAAUGGAGCAUACAUUGAUGUAUCCUAUUGAUGCAAUAAAAACAAGAAUGCAAAUUCUUGGAUCUUGUAUGGUUCAUAGGAAUAUGAUUCAAGUAUUGCGUUGGAUUAUAUGUUCAGAGGGUUUACAAUCUUUGUGGAGGGGUAUGUCGUCGGUGGUUGCAGGAGCAGCUCCAGCACAUGCUUUAUAUUUUGGAACAUAUGAAUUUGUGAAAACUCGAUUUGAAAAAAAUCGGUUUCAAGAUAAAGUAUUAGUUACUGCAAUAGCAGGUGCAUGUGCAACGAUUGCUUCAGAUGCUUUAAUGAAUCCAUUUGAUGUCAUUAAACAACGAAUGCAAAUUCAAAAUUCUGGAUAUACAUCUUUAGUGACAUGCGCUCGGUUAAUUUUUAAAAAAGAAGGUCUUUGGGCAUUUUAUAUUUCAUAUCCUACAACAUUGACCAUGACGGUUCCUUUUACUGCGAUUCAAUUUGUGAUUUAUGAGUCCUCGUUAAAUAUUUUGAAUCCUUUGCGCACUUAUAAUCCUGCUAGUCAUAUUUUAUCAGGUGGUGUUUCAGGAGCACUAGCAGCGGCAAUAACAACACCUCUUGAUGUUGUAAAAACAUUGUUACAAACUCGUGGAACAUCUUUUGAUCAAGAGAUUCGUCACUGUAAGGGUUUAAAGGAUGCUAUUAGAAUCAUAUAUAAAAAACAUGGAAUGAAAGGAUUUAUGAGAGGUUUAAAACCUAGAGUUGUGACGGCUACGCCGAGCACGGCUAUUUGUUGGGUAUCUUAUGAAGCCGGAAAAGAGAUAUGGCUAAAGUUUCAGAAAAACUCAUAA